AAUAGAUUUCGUGAUAACACUGCUAAAUCACAUUAUGGCAGCAUUUGUAUUCAGACAUAAGGAUAAGUAGGGCACAUUGGGAUCUAAGUGAGAGAAAACAGGACGUGGCCAGUUCCUUGCGUUUUUUAUUGGAUAUCAUUGCAGCGAAAUGAGUAAAUUGUUUCGAUCCAAAUCCAAUGAUUUUGAAAUUGAAACUUUAGAGGCACACAACGAAUACAGAAAGGAACAUGGUACUCCACCUCUAGUUUUAAGCAAAGAUAUUAGUAAAAUAAGUCAAAAAUGGGCUGAAGAAUUAGCGAAAAAUGACACUUUAGCAUACAGUAUUAAUGAUACGUAUGGUGAAAGUGUUUACUGUGGUUGGUCCCCAGAUCCAAGUGUAAAAAUACGAGCGAAGGAUUGGGUUGAUAGGUGGUAUAAUGAAAUUAAUGAUUAUUCCUUUGGCAAAGAACCAGAGGUACUUACGUGUGGUCACUUCACACAAAUUAUCUGGAAAAAUACAAGAGAAAUCGGUGUAGGAUGUGCUAAGAGCAAAUCUGGAAAGUUAUACGUUGUAACUAAUUAUUAUCCACCAGGAAAUUUUAGUGGCCAGUUCGUAAAAAAUGUUCCACCGCCGGGCGCAUUGCAGUUUAAGUCGACUUCAAGUUUCAGUUCAAUGGAUUCGAAUUGUGAAUCAAAUAAUAAUUUACCACCCCCUUCGCCAAAUAAGAGAAACAGCAAAAAUAUAAGCGACCUCGCCAAUGAUAUAGUUACUAUAUUCCGAUCCACUUCAAUUAUUGACAAAAAUUAUAUCGUCAAAUUUGAAGCAGAGUUUUUAAAGGCUCAUAAUGAAUAUAGAAGCAAACACAGAGUACCACCUCUUGAAAUAAAUAAGAAAAUGUGCAAGUAUGCUGAGGAAUGGGCGAAAUCUAUAUCCAAAAUAGGAAGAGUAGAACAUAGAGAUCAAAAUGAAUAUGGUGAAAAUAUUUUCUACGCUUGGUCCACAGAUCCAAACUUCACAUUAUCCGGCAAAGACCCUGUUGAUAAAUGGUACAGUGAAAUACAAAAUCACAGCUUUGGUAAAGAACCUGAUAAUUUAGGUUCCGGACAUUUCUCUCAGGUCGUGUGGGAGGACACUAAAGAGCUUGGAGUGGGUGUUGCAAAAACAAAAGAGGGCCAAAUAUACGUGGUAGCUUAUUACUACCCACCAGGCAAUGUCAUGGGAAGUUUUGCAACUAAAGUUCGUCCUCCAAUAGAUUAAAUGAUAAUCAUGAAUAAAUGUAUACAUUGAAAAUACCAAAGAAAUACGACAUUUUUAUAAUCAAUAUUUAAUAUUUAAUAUUUGCAUGUGUUGUAAACUAUGAGAGACGCAAAUUUUUUUUUUUUUUUUUUAUAUUGGA